AUGCUGGGCGGUGUGCCGGCGACCGCUGGUGCGGGUUCUCCCUCGCCGGCUUCGUACGAGCCCGUCAGCGCCGGGAGGCGGGCGCCGGGGCGGCGGCGGCGGCGGCUGCGGCGCUCCGCUCUGCCGCCACCACACACCCGAAGCCGACCCUCGCGCUCCGGCGGCGCAUGCGCCCGGGCGGCGGCGGGCGGGGGAGCGGGGAGGAGGGGCGAGCGGGACCCGGGCGGCAGCGACUACGACGAAGCUGGCGCUGUGGCAGCCGGACGCUUCCCACCGGCGCGCGCGCCCCGCCUCCCUCGCCGCGGGCGCGCGCGCGUCCGCCCUCCCGCCGAGGCCGAGGCGCCGAGUUCCUCCCAGCCGGCGCGCAGACUCCAGACGUACGCAGGUACCUUUGGAAAGCCUCAGGGCACAGUGACCAGGGUCCACGCUGGCCCAGUCAUCAUGUCCAAGCUGCAGAACAAGGAGCAUAUGAUUCAAGCUCUAAGCAGGGCCAAGUUCAAGUUCCCUGGCGGCUGGCAGAUCCACAUCUUCAAGGAGUGGGGUUUUACUGAGUUUAAUGUGGACGGAUUUAAAGACACCGUGGCUGAAAAGCCCCCCAGGUGGCUGUGGGGUCAAAUACAGCCGCAGUGA